GCGAUGACGGCUACACCCGAAAGUGACGACUGCCAGGCAGUAUCGAAGGCGGUAUCCGAAUGUCCUCCAACUGCAUCCUCAAGCAGCCCGUCCUAUAGCCCUGUGAAAAGAACCAACUCUCCUUUGACGUCCAAUUGCUCUCAUGCCAAGGCGAUCGACUUAGCCCUGCGCCCGUUGCAAGAGCCACCAGAGUCACCAGAGCCGAAGUCACCACAGCCAGUCCAAAUGGCGCCCGCGCGCCGCGAUCUCCUCCACAAGGACCACUUCGCGUUUGUCUUUGGAGGCGUCAAGACUCAGAGCUACUCUGAUCCAGCCGCCAAGGGUCCUGGAUCACACACCAUCCGCACUCUCGCAUGGAACCCCACCGGCCAACUGAUUGCCACGGGCUCCGCCGAUAGGACGCUACGCAUUUGGAAUCCGGAUCGCCCGAACUUCCGAUACUCGACUGACUUGCGCGGCCAUUCGGGUGCCGUUGAGAAAGUCCUCUUCAAUCCGGUUCGCGAUGCCGAGCUGGCGAGUUGCUCCGCCGAUGGCACGGUGCGCUUCUGGGAUGUGCGCUCUAAGACGUGCGUGAGCAAAUUAGAUGUCGGAGGUGAAGCUUUCACUAUGUCAUGGUCUGCGGAUGGCAGUACAAUGGUUGUUGGCAAGAAGGACGAUACUUUGAUCCCCAUCUCCGUUCAGUUUCCCUCCGCACCGACUACCCACCCCGACGGCCCCAGAGCCCUCAACCUUCCCUCCUCCACACCUGGCGCAACUACAUACACAGCUCUAGAUCCCCACCCUCAGACCGUUCAAACGAACGCUACCACUUUCUCAUGGUGUAUGCCGACGCCUGAACGUCCCGAGCAACAGAUUUUCGUUACGACGGGUGAAGGCAAGGUCAAGAUCAUGGAAUACCCAUCUUUCAACAUCAUGCAUACUCUCAACGCGCACACUUCGGCGUGUCUUGCUAUCGCACUCGCCCCCACGGGCCGAUACCUCGCGGUGGGCGGUAGCGAUGCCCUCAUCUCUCUCUGGGACACGACGGACUGGAUCUGUCGCCGCACACUCUCGAGCGAGAAUGGCGGUGCGAUUCGCGGUGUGAGCUGGAGUUUCGACGGCCGCUUUGUGGUGGGUGCGUGUGAUGAGCCUGCAUGUGGUGGUAAUGGUCUUGAAAUCUUUCACGCGGAGUCUGGGGAUAGCAUUUACACAAUUCCCACGGCCGGUGUACAUGCCGGUGUCUCGGCUGUGGCAUGGCAUCCGUCUCGGUACUGGCUGGCCUACUCGACUACCACUGACGGGGCAGGUAGCUCUAAUUCCGGGGGCUUAAAGAUUGUUGGUGCUGCUGGCGGUGGUCUGUGA